GCACUGCGGUUCUGGUCCCCGGCAGACCGGCUCUGGCCAUGUCGGCAGGGAAAGCGACGGCCUGCAGCGAUGAAGGAGCGACAGGAGAGCACAAAGUGUGCUUUUCUGUCCCCAUUCUCUCCCGUGUGACCCCCUCCAAUAUUUUCAUGAACCUGCAUUGGGGCUUCUGGGGAGUCUUGGGUCAGUCCAGGAGGGCGAGGAGUAGCGCGCGCGCGCCUCCCUCAGAUAUACACAAGGAGAGGGCCGUUCUUCCUCGGAGGCUCGCGUGCGAAUUCCCGUUUCCCUGCCCAGCAUCAUGACGUGGACCACCACCCGCAGUGUGUGGUCGGAGCCCGUGGCCUCUUCCUCUUCCUCGUCCUCCUUCUCCUGCACUGACUUCCCGCGGAAGCGGAAGGGCAAGGGCAAGAGCCUAGGAAGCACCAUGUCCGGGUCCUCCCUGCACCAGGUGCCUCUGUCUUCAAGGAUGAGCAUAGAUGCUGAGACAUUUAGUGACCCGGAGAGCAGGUCAGAGGGGGAGGAUCAGCAAAUCAAAAUGAAAUGCUUCAGUAGAGAACCUCACAGCCAGAUCGAGAAGCGGCGGCGAGACAAGAUGAACAACCUCAUCGACGAGCUGUCCACCAUGGUACCCGCCUGCAACCCCUUAGCCCGUAAGCUGGACAAGCUGACCGUCCUCCGCAUGGCCGUGCAACACCUUAAGUCUCUUAAAGGGGCCUCAAGUUCUUUUUCUGAAGCCCAUCCUAAGCCUUCCUUUCUGCCUGAAGACGAACUCAAACAGUUAUUACUAAGAGCAGCCGACGGCUUCCUCUUUGUGGUGAGCUGCACCAGGGGAAAGAUCGUCUUCGUCUCAGAGUCCAUCUCCAAUAUACUUCACUAUAAUCGGAUGGAGCUGAUUGGACAGAGUCUGUUUGAUUACCUUCAUCCUAAAGAUGUCAGCAAGGUGAAGGAGCAGCUGUCCGCCUCCGAGCUCUAUCCCCGUGAGCGCCUCAUCGACACUAAAACGGGGGUGCAGGUGCCCUCAGACGUGCCGUCGGACGCCAACAUCGGCACGGGCGCCCGGCGCUCCUUCUUCUGCCGCAUGAAGCAGAGCCGCGCGGCCAAGUCAGGGAAGAACACGCCCCACUCGUCCUCCUCCAGGAAGAAAGAGUCCCAGCGGUACUGCACGGUCCACUGCACGGGCUACAUGCGCAGCUGGUCCACUCAGCAGAUGGACACGGAGAGCGAGGUGGACGUGGACCGGGAGAGCUCGCACCUCACCUGCCUGGUGGCCGUGGGACGCAUCCACCCCCACGCCCCCCCAGAGGAGCCCAGCCAAGUCUCCGUCAAGCCUACUGAGUUUGUCACCCGCUAUGCCAUCGACGGAAAGUUUACCUUUGUAGACCAAAGGGCCACUACUAUCAUAGGAUAUUUGCCUCAGGAACUUCUGGGAACGUCUUGUUAUGAGUAUUUCCACCAAGAGGACUUAGCACAUUUGGCUGAAAGCCACAAAAAAGUCCUCCACAGCAAAGAGAAGAUCAUGACAAACUGCUACAAGUUCAAGACAAAACAGGGCUCCUUUGUUACUCUCCAAAGCCAGUGGUUUAGUUUUAUAAAUCCAUGGACCAAAGAGUUGGAGUUCAUUGUGUCAACAAAUAAAGUGGUGUCGGGAAACAGUGAAAAAGGAGUGGAGAGAGAAGAGCUCCAGGAUUCCAGGACACUUGAAGCCUCAACAGAGGCCAAGCACUUAUCUCCCGCUAUUCCUGGAAUCAGCAGUGUCUCGGGCACUAUGAUCUAUGCUGGAAGCAUUGGGACUCAAAUUGCCAACGAGCUGCUGGACUUCAACAGGAUGAACUCUCCCUCCAGUGGGACUCCCAGCCCCUUCUGUUUACUCCCGGAGAAGUCUCCGCUAGCGCCCUCGCAGCCCGGCAGCGUGCCAAACCGAGAGGAUGAUGGCGAGCAGCCUGGGAAGUCUCAAGCGGGGCCAAGCCAGGGACCCAGUGCAGUUUCCUUCCCAGGAGGCGAAGCUUCCACCAUCACAGACGAGAGCUCCCAGCUGGACCUUGGGAGUGUGGGCGAGCCCAGUGGCCUCGGCCUCGGCCUCAGCAGCGACGAGGCAGCCAUGGCGGUCAUCAUGAGCAUUCUGGAGACGGACACUAACCUGAGUGAAACCGUGGACUUUGAUGAGUUGCACUGGAAUAUGUGACAGGAAAAAAAAAAGACAACACCGCGCAUCUUACUCCUCUCUGGCAGUUUUCUCUCCUCCGUCCUCUCCCUCUCUCUGUCUCUCUUUCUUCCUCAGUCGGUACACACUGAGGACUCCACGACAGCAAACAAGAGAGGAAUAAUCCCUGACUACAGGCUUUUCCCCUUCUCUGAUUCUAACAUCCCACAAUGCCUUGAAGCACUUGCAGUAAGCGUGUAGGGCUGCACAACUUCUGAAGUCUGCAACCCAAAAGAAAUGGGUUUGCUCUUUUAUCACUGAGAAGGGCACCCUACAGUAUGUGUGUCAGGUAUUUAUAGGUGUCAAUGAAUGUUAUUUCAUCCUGCGCAUAUGCAGCUGCUUAAUUAUCCAGAUUCCCUUUAGAUGUAAAGUGAUUCUUCCCCUUUUUGUUUAACAAUGGGAUAGGUGAGGGAGGUGGACAGUUAUGGAAAAUCUGAUGACUUGAAUAGUGUGACGUCUGUGUUUGUGUAUGUAUGUAUUGUUUUUUUUUUAGUGUUUUGUUACGUGGUGGUAGCCUGUCUGUAACCUCCGUACGAAAUCCAGCAAAGAUGGGAAAGCUGUGCUGCGCCACGUGUCUUGGCCAGGCACUUGGGAGGUGCAGCAGAGAAUGUUCUGGCAUUUCAAACACGAGUAGGAGAGUAGCAGGACACCUCUUUGAACACUAGAGCCACCGCUGACUGUGGGACUGACUCUGGAGUAGCCUGCUAGAGCACCUGGAUUCUUGGGCCAUAUCAUAAGUCAAGUACUGUAGACUGACAAUUGACAACGGUUUCCAUGACAAUGCGUUAUUUUUACUGAGGAAAUUUAAUUUAUUACAUGUUCAUUCUCUUUGUGAUUUCCCACCCUCUUUUUUUCUGAUGCUUGUACCUAUGUCAACAGGUGAGCACUAGCCUACUGAGAAAAAAACAAUCCCAGUCAAUCUGAGCAGCAGUCAAUCCUCAGCAACUGAUCUGAGAUCAGUUGCCAGGACAGAACGGACUUACCCCAAAUCAGAGAGACUGAAACUCACUUUGGAAACCCGCUCUGGUCAGAGCCCAACAUGGGCCUGUUUAUCUGUGUUUAUUGUUUAUUUGUUACAGACUGUCGUUUCAGACCGCAAAUCUUCUGUGACGUCCACCAUUGCUUUUUUCUGUAAAGGCAUUGUUUACCGCCUUGUAUGAAUGCGUACUGUAGGAGCAGACACUAGACAACACAAGACACUCAACACAAGAGGGUGUCAACUCUGGUGCAGACGUGCCUUGGGACUUUUUUCAUUUCCCCGACUACAAGAGCUUGAAAUGCUUUUAUGCGUACCGAUCUGUCUGUGUCCAAGUGAUUGAAGAUGACCGGAUUGAGGAUGUCCGAACACUUGAAUGCACCGGCAAAAACAAACAAACAUUCAUUUAACUUUUUUUUUUGUCGUCUGAGUAAGGGUCUACAUACCAAAAAGAACUUGUCAAAGGAAAUAUUGUUAAAUGCUGUCAGUGCUGAACAAUCAACUGUUCACAGUAAGUCUAAAUGUGAAAUUUGUCAAGUGAAUAAUUCAUCUGUGCUGCUUACGCAAAUUUAUUCUGACAUAAAAUUAGAUCCUUGA